AUGUCGAAGAGCGCCCCUAUCAGCCAUAACCAGAUUGAAAGAAAUUCUCCUAAAAACAACAAUUCGGCUAUCCCAUGUGUUGUAAUGCAAAAAGUUCAAGAACCAAAAUUUCCUUCGAUUGAAAUUUCAAAGCCUUAUGAUUUCGAGUCAAAUUUCAUUCAGUCACAAAACAUGGAAGCAGAUCCUGAAUUUGAACUUCCAAAUCUUGGUAUAGAUUUUCAAGCAACAACACCAUUACUUCCAUAUGUUUAUUAUAUAGGUUCUGAUUCUCCAAUGGCAGCUCAAGGUCAAUACCCGGCAUCAAUAUACUAUCCUCAUGAGCCUGAUUCAACAAAUGCAAUUAAUAGAAUUAAAUCAUUCAACGAUUUUAGCUUGCUUUUCAUUUUCUAUGUCCAUGCUAGAGAAAAAAUACAAUUUGAGGCAGCCCAAGAACUAACUAAUAGAAAAUAUGUUUAUGAUAAAGAAAAUAAAAUUUGGUAUAACCCUGCCGGUCAAAUUUUCGAAUAUAAUACAUGGUCCUUUAUUGAGCCAUCAGACUAUGGCAAAAUAUCGCGAUGA